AACGUCACUGGUUUGAAAGGGCAGUGUCUCUGUUCAAAAGGGCAGAAUUCCCUCUUUGUUAAGAAAGCAAAGGAAUUGCUACUGACCUGCCUCUCCCUUGUCCCUCUACUGGAGGUCUUUGUCAGGUUUUCCCAUGGUACUUAAGCACCUCUCAACUAUUCUUGGACCCUAUCCUCACAAGUCUUCCCUUUCUACAGGUGGGGAAACAGAGGCACAGCAUAGUGAGAAGUCACACUGGAAACAUACAUCUGCAUAGGAAUUUGAAUUCAAAUGCCUUGAGCUCUAUCCACUAAGCUAUCCUUCUAGCUCAACCAUGUGUUCUGUCUAGUUGAGUACCCUCUCUCUGAAAAUAGCCCUCCCAGACAACUUGAGAGGACAAAUGUGAACAACCCCUGCAUUAGGCUCUGGGCUCACCUGCCCCAAGGAAAGUCUUCCUAACUCCUAUCAUCAGAGGAAAACUUUUAUGGCAAUUGCAAUCUGUCAUGUGAUCAAGCCAGGCCAUCUCCACCUGCCCCACCCAGCUCCAGCUCCAGCUCCAGCUCCAGCUCCAGCUCCAGCUCCAGGCCCAAGGUCCUUUGGAACGUGAGAGCACAACUUCCUUGGGGAGGAUGGAGACUCCAAGACAGCCUGACUCCUGCCUGGACUGACCUGCCUGCAGCAGUGAAGAUGGAAGGGGCUGUGUAGCAGGGAGAGGGGUGAGCUUCUGCCUGCUGAGAGAAAGGUCCCAGAUUCAGCCAUGUCCAAGGGCUUGACUACAUGGGGACACUGACCAGACCCACUCCUCCUGUCGCUGUGCUCUGCUGGACUGUACGUCAGUUCAUCCUGGAGGAAUGAGUGAACUGCCAAACCAGACCAGUUAUCUGCACAUAGAAAAUCAGGAGAAAUCAGUCCAGAAUACCAUCGCAUUUGUUCUAAUGGUUUUUCCACAUAGCCAAGGGUUUGUCAGGGGAGGAAGCUGGCUUGCAGAGCCUCAGUCACCCUUAUUCCUGUGCAGACACCCAGGGCAAGAGCUGGGCACUGCUGCCAUCCCACUUGGCACUGGAAUAACAUUCCCCUGGGGGGAAUAAUUGUGCUCUGCUGUAUCAGGAAAUUUUCUGCUGAGGAGGAAGCGACCACCUGUUAGGUCUCAGACUUGUCACUGCUUGCCCUCCCUUACUCUGUAGUGCCUUGCUGCUCCUUAAGAAAGGACAGACCAGAAGAGAGUCUGGUGCUUUUGAUCGGAUAGGCAGAGCUGUGGGGUAGCUGUGGUGGUUCAGUGGCAUUGUUAGCGCUGGUGGCCUCACAGCCCUCGUGCUACUGUUCACACAUGGUAUAUUUUAUUUGCCCUGCCCUUUGGUAAUGGAAGGUGGGCACAGGCGGGCGGAUUCUUCCUUUGGCGAAGGGGGUUGAAAUCAGACCUGAAGCACCAGUCACUGUGUCUUGAGAGCUGGGACCCCUUUAGCUGUGACAUGGUAGGAAAAUUCAUAGUUGUAGAGCACCAGGCAGAGUGGGUCCUGAUUCAUGCCUGGGACUCCUAGGUUUAGUCCCAUUAUUUACAGGGAUUAAUGAUUGCACCCUACUAGAUGAGAGUGUUACCAGCGCUUCUUUUCAUAUGAGUUCAACAUCAGUAUCUGCAGGCCUGCCAGGCCACAUGCACCUAGGUAGCAAAGCUUGGCCUCCUUGAUCGUUUGGGGUAGGAUGUGCAGUCCUUUGACUGGCCACAAGAGAGAGCUGUGAUCACUUGUAUAACCAAUCUGCCCAUACCUGUUUCCCCUGCUACCCCCUCCCUUGUCCCUCUAUUGAAGGUACUUGGCUGGCCUCCAUUAUCCCAUUUCCUGAGCACUUUUCUUCACAGUCCUACUGGGUGGGCAGGGCUAUUUCCCUCAUUUUGCACAAGGAAGGCACAGAGAAUCUAAGCAACUUCCCCAGGCUCGCACAGGCCAUCUGUAGCAGGACAGGGAAUUUACAUAUUUCUCAUGUUUCAGGCCAGUGCCCAAACCCACGGAUGAUCCUCCCUCUCUUCUGAUAAAACCUCUCCUCCAAGACGCCCAUAAGCAUGAUAUCCAAGAGGAAGCAAAUAGAACUGCCUAGGUGUGGACAAGAAAAUCUAUGCCUGGUUACUUUCCUUUGCAAUGCAUUGAGCUGAUCUACCUGGCUUGAAGUGGUAGAAGCACAGAGCACCUUCCUUCUGAAAAUCAAGCUCUUUGAAGCUGUAGCUCAGAAUCUCUUCAUCUUAUGCAUGGAGCCAGUGAACUCCAGCUGUGCCUCUUGCCAAAGGUGCCCCAAAGACCCACUAAGCAAAAUCAGAGAUCAGACAAGGCUGAUGGAGAGGAAGGCCCGCGAUCUUUCCAACUCCUAUGUGACUCACCAAGGAUUGCACAGAAAUCAUAUUGACACUCUCUGCCAUGAGGCGGUGCCUGGGUUUCCAAAGGGGACGAUAGUAACUCAACCAGAAAUGGACAUGCUCCAACAGCUAUACAGGACUAUGGUGUACAUGAACCAGUCAUUUCAGGUUAUCAGGGAGCAUCAGCAGGAUCUGAAUGAACCAGAUGCCAUACUGCUUCAAGAGCUCCGACAUGCUCACCUGGCCGUGAGAGGGCUCUUGUCCAAUAUUGUCUGUGCUUUUUGUGUCCAGGGGGCCUCCCCCAGUCCUGUCACCAUCCCAGAGAGGCCUACAGUGACAAAAGCUUUCCAGCAGAAGAUAGAAGGAUGCAAAGUGCUCUGGAACUAUGCUAGGUUUAUGGAGAGACUGACUAAGAGUCUUAGGGAAAACAGAAAGCAGGUACAGAGAACCAAAAUGGGAAGGCGGCAAGGCAAAAAGAAAAAAGCAUCCCCAGGUUGCUGACUGAGCCAAGCUGGUGACACAGACUGCCCCAGACUGCUGUUGCCCAGGCCCAGUGACAGGAAUGUCUAACUUCUUUGAUCCUGAGAAGCACCAGGACCAAGCUAAGCCCAGGUACAACAGGCCUGUCUGUCAUCUCCUUCUCUGGGCAGCCAUGUCACAUCCUACUUCCCCAGAUAUGUGAGCUAAGGCAAACAGCCCCAAGGAGCUGGAUUUUCAAAAGUACUCAGCACCCAGGAGGAACCAUGCUCCUCAGUGCAGGGGUGAACCUCAGUCUUGUUCACCAUGACUGGUGUGAGAGUCUCCAGAAGUCCUCCCUGGGUAUAAAGAAGAUGCUCUGUUGUUUUUUGGGAUCUGCUAACCUUAUACCCUACCAAUACCUCUCUGCAGGACUUCGGCCCAGUUAGACUUUAGGCCCAGUUCAGUUUCUUCUGUGAUGGGCAUAGUGAAUGUCUUGGAGUUAUAUUUUUCAUGCUGGUGCCAAUGAGAAGAGGGGCAGGUUUAGCAUCUGCUUAGUUAUUCCCAGCAGGUCAGCGCCUGUCCAGCCUCCCAGCAUAAAAAGCCAUUAUUUCUGUGGCCAGUCAGAGCAACCUAUUAUCCAUGGUCGAGUCAAGUCAUUUAUUUCUGGUACUGUUGAACAGCUACUGUGUUUCAUUGUUACAAACAAGAGGAACAGCCUGAAUCAUGGCUGGCUGCAAUAAUCAUCUGACAAAUCAGGGACUCUUUCCAUUGUUUAUCCAAACAUAAGCCAUAGAGAUAGCUGGACCUUGUAUUAGCAGUUACAGCUGUACAAAGCAAGUACAGGUUGCUAUUGAGAAUGAUAAUACUUUGCCCCUAAGUUUGUGUAAGUAUAAAUAAUGAUGCAAGAUGCAGGGCGGGGGGAACCAGACCUCCAGUCACAUGCUCCUGUGGAGAUAAUUCUGUUGGGAUCAGCAGCAGUUCAAUUUAUUGAAAAAAAAAUACUAUUAAUUUCUAAUCACUGAAUCAGGUAUCAAAUGCAAAUUGUCAUU